GUCACUUUACAAGUCAUCGCAUCGCAGCAAACAUCGCAACCCUUACUUUGCGAACUUAAUAUCGUUGGUUGGUUACAAGUUCACAACAAUCAUGAAGUUGCUUCUUUUGUUCGUGGCAGUGGCGUCUGUUUCAGGGCGAGAAAUCGGCAAGCGAAGUGUAUUACAGUUCAACAACAUGAACUCCUGUUCUGUUGGGAUUAGUUUCGACCAGGCAGUGACUGACUAUCUAGGCUACGGUUGCUACUGCGGCUUCGGCGGAAGCGGAGUGCCAAGAGAUGAGACGGACCAAUGCUGUGUUGCCCAUGACAACUGUUAUAAAGCGGCAACGUCUAAUGGCUGCACUAUGGCACAGAGGUAUUACAUCGUGUAUGACUACGAAUCUCCGAUCGGCAGUGACGGCAAGUGCAAGCUAACAUGCAAGGCACUAUCCGACUAUCCCGCUGAUGACAUUGAUGCACAGUGCAAAGCCUUCAUGUGCAACUGUGACCGCGAGGGUGCGGAAUGCUUCGCCAAAGCCAGGCCUACCUUCGACUCAAAAUAUAUCAACUGGUCCAAUCUUUUCUGCUUGUGGUAAAGUCACCGGAAUUUUAAAUUUAAAAACCACCGGAAUUUACGCAAAAAACAUUGCAUCUGUCUUAUGUAUUACAGUUUGAAUAACGCGCAUAGCUUGAAAUGGGAGUUUUUUUUUCGCGAGCUGAAUUAUAUCCCAACAAAAUGUUGCUCACAAACCUUCAUAAGCUGGCAGUUUCCAUCUGGAAAACUUUCCAAAAAGUUGGAAUAAAAAGUUAGUCUGGUUCCCAGAACAAACGAUUCAGACUAUGCUGACGAAACUUAGGUCAGGUCAUGACUAAAAAUAAGCACAGCGAAAACAGACUGGGUCUUGCCCAUUUCCGAAAAUGUCCGAGAGUUUACCGAAUACAUUGACACUCGGAUAUGUUCACACUAGCUCGGGUAAAACAAGUUUUAUUUACCGACAAACUAAAUACCGAAAAACCGAAUUCAUAAAUUCAAUGCUUGUUUUAAAGGAUGCACGAGGGGUGGGCUUUGCUGCAUCAUGUUUUAUUUUUAUACGUGACGGCUACCUGAGCAAAGAUUUUUCAAAAAAGUCAAAAUAUUUUGGUCUGGGAACCAGACAUGAGUUCCAUAAAUACCAACCAUGCUCUUGAACGACACACGCUGAUGUAUAAACAGGCAGGGACAUACAUAUACAAAUUUCAGUUCUCAUUCGUCAUAAACAUUUUAUUGUUUAUUCAGCAAACUCUUAAAUACGAGGAUCUUGUCCAAUCCAAUAGAAAGAGUACCGGAUUGGAAAUGUUACAAAAUAAAGUGUUAAUAAAACACCUAUGACAUUUCUUAACGCAAUAAAAACAAAAACAGCAAGCCUACACUCACUCUGCAAGGUGAUUUUUUUUUCUGAAUAAAACAAUGUGCGUUUUCACUUCAAAA